AUGCAAAUCGUUGCUUUUAUAGCAUUUCUUGUUCUUGGCUUACAAGCUCAGUUAUCACUUCCUGGACCUUCGUCCGACAGAAUUGUUAGUACUCAUUUAAAGAUGAGAAAAAAUUUUGCUCAAGGAGGUCGAUACAUUCAAGGAGUCCGACAACCGUCUGCGGCAAAUAUGAUGAAAAUGGCUUGGGACUCUUCUCUAGCAACAUCCGCUCAAAACUAUGCAGCCACUUGUCCAACUGGGAGGUCUGGGGCUACUGGUUACGGAGAAAACAUACGUUUUGUAUACACAACUGCUCCAAUAUCUCCUCUAGACGGAUAUGCAAUCGACGCGCCAGUAUACUGGGACCAGCAGUUUGACAACUAUGGGUUGCCAUCUCUUACUAUGACCAGCUCAAUUCUGGCCAGUGGUGUAGCAGACGCUACUCAAAUGGCCUGGGCGAAAUCCAAGUUAAUCGGUUGUGGAGUCACCAAUUGUGGACCAGACGCAUCACAGAACAACAAGACAAAAAUUGUUGUUAUCUGCCAUUACUCGCCAAAGUGA